AUGGAUGGGACGGACAGCAAGACGGUGGUCCUGCACAACCCUACCCCGCUGCCCGUGGCCUGGCGGAUCCGUGGGCUGGAAGGCCUUGGGGAGGGCUUCUCAGUGUCGCAGGAUGCAGGCAUCAUUGGUCCCUGCUCAGAGUUUGGCAUGCGUUUGUGUUUCGAGGCCACAAAGGUUGACAGCAUUAAGAAGACAUUCCAAGUAGAGGUUUCAGAUGCAGAAAAACUCCUGGGCAUUGUUCAGGUUGAAAGUAUCCAAGUCUUUGCGGAGGCCUAUGACAUUGGUCUGGACAUCAACGUUUCUGCAGAGGGAAGUACGAGAUCGUGUACAGGCCGUGAAGCCAGGCUGCCCCUCCACAUCAAAGCGGAGGGCAUAGGGCCCCGGCUCCGCUUCAGCUUCGAGCAGCUGGACAUUGGGAAUGUUUUUGCUGGAUCAGCCCACAGCUAUGAGGUGAUCCUGUUUAACAAAGGAGCCGUCGAUGCUCCCUUCAGCUCGAUACCUCCAAGUACAGCUCUGGGCUCCUGCUUCACCUUUCUCCCCUGGAAGGGCAUUAUUUCAUCAGAUGGGCUCCAGGUCAUGAAGAUCUCCUUCAGUUCCACCAUCCUGGGGAAAUUCACAGAAGAAUUCAGGUUCAGGGUGAAUGGAUCCUCUGAGCCUGUGACUUUGGCUAUCAGCUCUGCUGGAAGGCUUCGACAUCUGAGAGAGCACAGCUUCAUAGAGGAGCACAUUGACCGGCAGGUGUCCCCCAUCGAGAGCUUGCGCCUGAUGUGCCUCCUCUCCAUCACGGAGAACGGUGAGGUGUCUGUCUGCUCUGGGCAGGGAAGGUUGGAUCGGGGGCCCUCCAGCCUGGGUGCAGAGCUCACCCUGCUGCUCCCCACAGGUCUCAUCCCCAAAGAUUACCGGUCCCUGAAAACCCAAUACCUGCAGAGCUACGGGCCUGAGCACUUGUUGACCUUCCACAAGCUCAAGCGCAUCGGGCUGCUGACCGAGCAGUCGGCCGCAGAGACGCUGACCGCUGUGGAGAGCAGAGUCAGCAAGCUGGUGACAGACCGUGCUGCCGCUGAGAGCCAGCCCUCUGCCCCUGGGGAGCUGGGAGCACAGCCCUGCCCUGCUGGGAGCUGCUGCUCCAGAGCCGGAUGGAAGCACGCAGCAAAAGUGGACACUGCGGGCACAGAGCUACGAGCAGGGCAGAGCUUUGGCCCAUGGGAGCAGCAGGGCUGGCAGGAAAGAUCACAGAUGCAUUUAAUUCUUUGGCCAGAAAGAGCAAUUUUCCAGCUAGAAGCAAGAAGCUGGGGUUGGUAUGUCCUUGUGGAGCUGCUGCCUUGCCCACGUGCCCGCUGGUGCCAGAGCAGCUCUGGUCACUCUGUGCAGGCUGGGCACCCUCAGAGACACCCACGGCACAGGGCCAGAGCUGCUGUGGCAGUGGGGUGGCAGAGGGAUACGAGGGAGCAGAGGGGUUCAAGAAUGGCAGAGAGGUUCCAGAAUGGUAAAGGGCUUUGGGAAUGGCAAAGGGGUUCAGGGGUGCCAGAGGGGUUUGGGAAGGGCAAGGCGGUUCAGGGUUGGAAGAAAGAUUCCAGAAUGCCAGAGGGGCUCAGGAAUUGCAGAGGGGUUUGGGGGUGCCAGAGGGAGUCAGGGGUGGCAGGAAGGUUCAGGAAUGCUUGAGGGAUUCUGGGAUGCCAGAGGGGUUUGCGGGUGGCACAG